AAUUUCUGUCCAAGUUGUUGGCCAAACAUCAACCCAUUUGGAGUUGUCACCAUGCCUAGAAGAGAAAUUAACCGAAUCCUCCCAUCAUCAUGCCCUCCAAGCAGCGAUCCGGGAACCAUCCUAGUCGAAACCGAGAGGCUCAUUAUACGGCGAUAUCUAUUAUCAGAUGCUCCGGCUCUAGCGAUGGCUGCGAACCACGAACAAGUUGCAGCUUACAUGAGCGAUCGCUUCGCCAGCCCGUACACCGUUGCCGACGCCGAGAACUUCAUCAAACAAACUUUCCAUGAUGACGAUACCGCGGCAUACCCUCACUCGUCAGCCAUCGUCUUGAAACCGGGAUUCCCAGGCAAUCCGUCCACUACUGAGCCACUUAUCAUUGGUGGUGUUGGAUUACACCAUUUGACUGACAUAUUCUACCGAACGUGGGACAUGGGCUACUAUCUUUCUCCGACAGUGUGGCGCCAAGGUUACGGAACUGAAGCACUGAGCGCAUUCACAAGAUGGGUGUUUGACACCUGGCCAUUGUUGAACCGUAUACAAGCUCGUACAUAUGACAACAACACAGCGAGCCAAAAGUUGUUACAGAAAUGCGGCUUCGUGAUAGAGGGGAGAGGAAGAGGAGUUAUUGAAAAGAAUGGAAAGCUCAUGGACGACGUUGCGUUUGGUCUUAUAAGAGAUGACUUGAAGUGAGGUGCUUAAGGUUUCAAGUUUUGGAAUUGCAAAUGUCAGCGACUUUUUCAUUGCUACCUGGGGCAUUGGCUGUCUAAUCAACCCUAUAGCCUUUGCGCCUCUAUCUCGAUGGUAGUAGGUCAACCCAAUGAACAUAGACCUCUUUUAUUUCUGGGUGUAUUUUCGGUAUAAAUAAACUCUUUCCAUUCAAUGC